UGAAAGAAGGAAUUGUCGCCUCGUCGUCUCCCGCAGCAAGGACAGCAGGCGGCUCCCUGUUCAGUUGCUUCCUGCCGGCCUCGGGUGUAGAAAGAUGGCGGACGCAGGACUUCCGGUUCUGAGCUGGACACCGGCUGCUGGGAGAUGCGAGCAUGAAGCUGAUCAGUAAAGACAUGGAGAAGGACAAUGCGGGUCAGGUGACCCUGAUCGCGGAGGAGGCAGAGGACAUGUGGCACACCUAUAAUCUGCUGCAAGUGGGCGACAGUCUGCGGGCAACAACCAUCAGGAAGGUGCAGACAGAGUCAGCGACCGGCAGCGUGGGCAGUAACCGCAUCCGCACCACCCUCACCAUCUGCGUGGAGAACAUUGACUUUGACUCCCAGGCCUGUCAGCUCCGGGUCAAAGGCAUCAACAUCCAAGAGAACCAGUAUGUGAAGAUGGGAGCCUAUCACACCAUAGAACUGGAGCUGAACCGCAAGUUCACCCUGGCCAAGAAGCACUGGGACAGCAUCGUUCUGGAGCGCAUAGAGCAGGCCUGUGACCCUGCGUUUAGCGCUGACGUGGCAGCAGUUGUCAUGCAGGAAGGUCUCGCCCACAUAUGUCUCGUCACACCCAGUAUGACCCUUCUCCGCGCCAAAAUUGAAACCAGUAUCCCGCGCAAGAGGCGGGGCAACUGCUCCCAGCACGAGAAGGCUCUGGAGAAGUUCUAUGAACAGGUCAUGCAGGGAAUCAUUCGCCACAUAAACUUUGAGGUGGUGAAGGUCGUCCUUGUGGCGUCUCCUGGAUUCGUCCGGGAACAAUUCUGCGAGUUCCUCUUCCUCCGGGCUGUGAAACAGGAUCUGAAGACCAUUCUGGAAAACCGCGGGAAGUUCCUCCAGGUGCACAGCUCAUCGGGGCACAAGUACUCACUGGCAGAGGUUCUCUGCGAUCCGGUGGUCACCGCCCGCCUGGCAGACACCAAGGCCGCCAGUGAGAUAAAAGCGCUGGGGGAUUUCUACAAGAUGCUGCAGCACGAGCCGGACCGCGCGCUCUACGGGAUUAAGCACGUGGAGCGAGCAAACGAAUCCCUGGCCAUCGACACCCUGCUGGUGACCGACGAGCUCUUCAGACAUCAGGAUGUGGCGACUCGUAGCCGUUAUGUAAAACUUGUGGACAGCGUAAAGGAGAACGGAGGAGCCGUGAGGAUUUUCUCUAGUUUACAUGUCUCCGGAGAACAGCUCAGCCAGCUGACGGGGGUUGCAGCCAUAUUGCGGUUUCCGGUGGCGGACCUGUCGGAGGAUGAGUCCAGCUCUGGAGAAGACUAGGCGCCUCUGCGUCCUGCCCCGGGACUGGAGCAUCUCAACUGGAGACGGGCAGUGACGGAUAAUUAUUUAUUGGACUGGGGGUGGGGCCUGUGCACAGGGGGUGGAGCCUCAUUACUAUGGAUGGAGCGCAGGUUCCUCAGUUGUCAUUGACGGAUGAUGAAAUAAAUCCUGGAAAGCGACCGCUCGCUCUGUGUAUACAGGAACCACGUAUCUGACCGCUCGCUCUGUGUAUACAGGAACCACAUAUCUGACCGCUCGCUCUGUGUAUACAGGAACCACGUAUCUGACCGCUCGCUCUGUGUAUACAGGAACCACGUAUCUGACCGCUCGCUCUGUGUAUACAGGAACCACGUAUCUGACCGCUCGCUCUGUGUAUACAGGAACCACAUAUCUGACCGCUCGCUCUGUGUAUACAGGAACCACGUAUCUGACCGCUCGCUCUGUGUAUACAGGAACCACGUAUCUGACCGCUCGCUCUGUGUAUACAGGAACCACGUAUCUGACCGCUCGCUCUGUGUAUACAGGAACCACGUAUCUGACCGCUCGCUCUGUGUAUACAGGAACCACGUAUCUGACCGCUCGCUCUGUGUAUACAGGAACCACGUAUCUGACCGCUCGCUCUGUGUAUA